AGGAGGAGAGGAGCACAUAGAAACAACAACAACAAAACAUUUGAUUUUAUGAAAAUAGUGACUGCAUUGAUAAUCGAUUGCACUAGUGAUGCGUGAUGGGAGGCAACAAUCUGGGGUCGGCUCUGAUCCUACUCCGAUAAUUUCGGAACCGAUUCCGGAAGGUAGGUCCACCCAGAAUUAUCCGGAGUCGUUCGCAAUCUCGACCGGAAUUGCGACUGGAAUUGCCCGGAGUCGUCUGGGGUCGUCCGAAGUUGUCCGGAGUCGUCCUGAGUCGUCCGGAGUAGUUCGCAGUAAUUCGGAGCCGUUAAGAGCCGUUCGGAGCCAACCGGAGAGCCAGUUUGGCAAAAUCCGAACCACUAGUUCCGCCUGGAAUUGGAGUCGUCUGGAAUUUCCCGGAGUUGUCUGGAGUCGUCUGGAAUCGUCCGAAGUUGUUCGGAGUCGUCCGGAGUCGUCCGGAGUCGUUAAGAGCCCUUCGGAGUCACCCGGAGUUUCGGAGUUACAGUCUAGUCUAGCGGUAUUGUACAAGUUUCAUCCAAAAGCCCCCCACCCCAUCUAGCACAAUAUACCACAACGUUUGCCAUUGGUACACCCGAAAUGAAUACCCCAAUUCGAAAGAGUUGAAGCAUAAUCCGUCAAAGAAACUAGUUAAAAAACAAACGAACAACUAACGUGCUUAGUUUAAAUAAAGCUUACAGGCACCAUU